AUGGCAAUGGUGCCGAGUCGUCCAAGACGCUCUAUCAGAGUUUGCCACGGAGCAAGCAGAUCAUGCGUUCUUGCGAUUGCAAUGGUCAUGACGGUUUUCGUCCUAAGUUCGCCCGCUCCCUAUAUUGCCUUUUUUCCGGAUUUUGCACGACGAGAUCCUGGAAGGAGGGAACUUCGAGGUGAAUACUCUGGACCCGGCGAACAAAGGUUGUCACUUCCGCUCAGCUGUGGUGGACGGCUGUUGGUGCAGGCUUACAAGGCUUCGGAGCAGCAGGUGCCUGCAGGCUGGCCAGUUGGGAGCUUCCAGGAGUGGAGGAGCCUGGUUUUCGAAUCCGCGCCAGAAACAGCGCAGGAGCGAGGCCCUCCCUUCAUACAAUCCGUGUCGAAAGUGACGUGCGCCGCUGACAACAAGUGGCUUCCAGAAGCAGAUCCAGAGGUCCUGGCCUUGAACUACCCCAAGACCCUGGCGGCCUCUGUUGCCGCCAGCUUGCGGAUGCUUGCAGCCAGGGAGCCUCGGGUGCUAGUCAUCGGCUUGGGCUCUGGUUCAGUUCCCCUAUGGCUGGCCAAUGCCUUUCCAGACAGCCGAGUGGAUGUGGUGGAACUCGAGGCUGCGGUAAUCCAAGCUGCUGGAGAAGCGCUUGGAUUCCCAAUUGAGGCGGGUGGAGGCACUGGCCGAUCGCCUCUGCGCCGUGCGCUGGGUGGCCGCUUGCAAGCGAUCUGUGGUGAUGGUGCUGCCCUUGCUGCGGGGUGGGCAGCUGAUCCGCAUGGCCCCCGCUACGAUGCGGUCAUCAUUGAUGCUUAUGAUGCACUGAAUCGCGUCCCGCGACCAUUGUGGGACAAGGACGGGCCACUGGCACAGGCCCUGCCCGUGCUUCUCAAAGAGCGAGCCGUGGUUGCGGCCAAUGUGCCGCCUGGCUUUCCCACUGAGGAAAUGCUCCGCGGCUUCCAGAAGCGCCUGCAGAGCAACGGCAAGGUUGUUCCGGCCGCGCUGGCUCUGGAGGUACCGGAGACCGCCAACACUGUAGCCCUCACGCUGCGCUGCAGCAGCUGUCGCAGUGCGGCAGAGUUCUACGGCCGCCUCUGCCAGGCUGCAGAAAACUUCCAGCAAAGUGGCAUCUGCCUCUUCAGCGCUCCUGACCGACUCACCAAGUGCUUGGUGCGUGAGGUGUAG